AUGCGCGAAGCAAAAAUAAGCUUUGAAUUUUCUUCUGAAACCUGUGAACACCAUGUUAAAAUUAUAAUAGAUGGUAUGAGUAUUCCAUUAAUUAAUGAAGAUUUUAAUAAAGUCAGCUCCACUAAAAAUGACCCACCUAAAUCUGAUCUAUCAUUGGAGAAACUUAUGAGUAUAAUUAAGAAAUCUCUCGAUCCGAUAAAAUUUCAAAAGAAUCGUGUCCAUAUUACAAAGAAAAAGAUUGUCUCUCCUAUUCGAAAAUAUCAUAGAAAUAAGCUUCAUAAUAAGGUCAAUUUUUUAGAGUAG